GGAUAGACUGAUGUUAUGUUUACGAAUAACAAAUGCUAAUAGUCAAGUGAAAUGUCGUCAUCUGUGCUUAGCACGUGAUCAUACCAAUGCCAUGCUUGUGGUGUUGCUUUUUUGUUGAUAUUUUAUUUUAUUUAAUAUUGUAAUAUGGAUUUGUCUCCUCCCUUAACAUAAAAGAAAUUUGAUUGAUUAUGAAUGUAUAAUGUUUAAUUAAUUGUGACAUUUUUUAAUCUGAUCCUGAAGAAUGUUAUUCUGUCCAACAUGUGCAAAUAUAUUGAUGGUCGAAGAAGCGCCGGAAUGUGGUUUACGAUACGCCUGUAACACGUGCCCUUACGUGUACAAUAUUCGGAAAAAGGUUUCAUCACGUACAUUUCCGAAAUUAAAGGAACUCGAUUAUAUUAUGGGUGGUGCUGCUGCCUGGGAAAAUGUAGACUCAACUGAUGCAGUUUGCCCUAAAUGUGGACAUGGUAGAGCAUUUUUCAUGCAACUCCAAACCCGUUCGGCUGAUGAACCAAUGACUACUUUUUAUCGCUGCUGUAAUCACACAUGUGCACACAACUGGCGCGAUUAACUUAUAUGGUUACUGUGAGAAUUCAAAGUGAAUUAGUAUGACAUUGUUUAAAAGAACUAGUAGUUUAACUAGUAACUUGUUGAAGUUUAGAAGUGCUUCUGUGAAAAUGAAGAUCGAGAUGGCAUCUGUGAUACCAUGUGCAAAUAAAACUGCAGUAUCUAAAGCUGCAGAGUUGUUGGCAAGUGGGGCAGUUAUAGCAGUACCAACAGAUACUAUAUAUGGCCUGGCGUGUAGUGCUAACUGCCCAGAGGCAAUAAAGAAGCUAUAUAACAUUAAAGGCAGAGACUCCGCUAAGCCUGUUGCUAUAUGUGUGUCACAUAUCACAGAUGUUCGUAAAUGGGGUCAGGCCGACCACCUGACUGAUUCGCUGCUCUGCAGUCUCCUUCCAGGGCCAGUGACAGUUGUAUUAGAAAGAACUAAACACUUAGAUAAUCCUUAUCUCAAUCCCACUACUACAAAAAUUGGCAUUCGAAUACCAAACCACAUAUUCAUUAAUAAUGUUACCCAAUUGUUUGAUAUGCCUGUUGCCUUGACCAGUGCUAACUUUAGUAAUGAACCAUCGACACUGUCCAUUCAGGAAUUUGAACAUUUAUAUGGACUUUUGGGGGCUGUCUUUGAUGGAGGCAUUUUAAGUCAAAGUGAAGAGAAUAGAACUGGAUCUACAGUUGUGGAUCUGUCUGAGAUUGGUCAAUACAAUAUAAUUAGGAAAGGAAUAUCUUAUGAAAAAAUAAUAGGUAUAUUAGAAAACCAAGGAUUGAGUAACACGCUAAAAUGAGAUACUGUUUUAUUCUAAACUGUGAUAGCUUGUUCUUAAUAAAUGUUAAAGAUUAUCUGUUUGUUUUAAUAGGAAAAGAAAGACCAACUUUCACAUAUUUGUUUAUUUAACAAAACUUCAUUAAUAAUAAAUCCACAACAGUUACUAUCAUUUCAACCUUAUAAAUUAUAAUUUUGCACAAUAUUCAUGGUUCUAUUAAAAUAAUAUUUUUCUAUUUUUUAUCAUGUUAAAUGGAAAGUCUUGUAAUAAUUAAGUACCUACAAUGUAAUUGGGCAUAAGUAUAAAUAAUCACAAAACUGUGUAGUGAGAUAGUAAGACUAGGCAAGAGAUCUACAGAAAAUCAAGAAUAAACUGUAAGGCAAUAGUAUAUUAAUUAUUUACAAAUAAUAUUUCCUAACCUCAAAAUAGAUUUGCGAGAUGGCAGUGGAAAAUAAAACUAGUCCCCACAAGGAAAGCUCAUAGUAAAUUGCAAACACCAACAUUCACUAAUAAAUACUUUGUACUAAAAAGCAUUGCUAAUAGGCUUUCUAUGUUCUGGAAGUUUAGUAUCGAGAUAAUGCCACCGAUUAGGUGGCCAAACAAUGCACACAGCCUUAGCAUUUACUAAUCCUAAGGAAACUGGUCCAAAUGUAUUGCUAUCAAGUGUGUGUCCAGUGUGGUCUCCUUCCACCCAACAAUGACCUUCCGGAACCUUCACAUAUUGGCUUUUAUAGCCCAUCGUAUUCACAAUGUCACCCUGUAGAGCUACUACACGUUUAAUGAUCUUCUGGUUUGGGUCUUUCGGUGACACGAGUGAUAUUAUGUCACCCCGUUUAACAUCGUAGUCUCUGACUGCCCAGCGCGACAAGAAAACGUAAUCAGUGUUGGUUGACUCUGGGUUGAGGGCUGGCUGCAUAGAGAUUCCUUCUACUCUGGCCACAUAGCCUACGGUGUCAAGGAUCGUUGCUCCCAUGGGCACACCGAAUAACAAAGAUCGGCAGAAGUUUCGCAGCCACAUGAAGAUGCCGGCACGUGACUUUGUGCUUGUGAAGAUAACCGGACAUAGUCAGGGUGUUUUCAAAUCUGUUUUUUAUAACAUUUUGAAAGUGCGACUGUUUGUUAGACUUUAAUUUCAGAUUUUCCUAUUUUUAAAAAACUAUAUUUUUGACUGAUUCAAUGUCAGUGAUAAUCAUGUCAAGUCAAUCUUUU